UCUCGGUGAAGCACGACAACAGGGCGGCGUGCCGAGUUGAGAAAAAUCGAUCACGCCGGAAUAUUAACAGUGCUCUUCCCGGCGUCGUAUUUACCCAUCUUUUCUCAAAUAGAUUCCUAUAAAUAAUCACAUGGAGCACCUUUCCUCAUUUGGGAACGACCCCUUCGAUAAGCCGCCGUGCCGAGGCUGCUCGUCGUACCUCACCGAGCCGUACGUAAAGUGUGCCGAAUGCGGACCUUCACCUUUCCGCCUCUGCCUCCAGUGUUUCACCAGAGGGUUCGAGUACAAAAAACACCAAAGUGACCACAACUAUGAAAUUAUGACCUCCGACUUCCCCGUUCUGGAGCCCGGCUGGACGGCGCAGGAAGAGAUGGCUCUGCUGGAGGCCGUGAUGGAUUGUGGCUUUGGGAACUGGCAGGACGUGGCCUAUCAGAUGCGCAGCAAAAGCAAAGAGGAGUGCGAGAGUCACUACAUGAAGAACUUCAUCAACAACCCUCUGUUCUCGUCCACGCUGCUCGGCCUACGCAAGACCAAAGACGCUCGCUUUGCCGACAGCGCCAUUCCUUUCAAACCGAGCGAGGACCCGCCUCGGCCCACGUUCGACUCGGUGCUCUCCAGGGACAUGGCGGGAUACAUGCCGGCCAGAGCCGACUUCAUCGAGGAAUUUGACAACUACGCCGAAUGGGAUCUGAAAGACAUCGACUUUGUGGACGACGACUCGGACGUCCUGCGCGCGCUCAAGCUGGCCGUGGUGGAUAUUUACCACUCGCGUCUGAAGGAGAGACAGCGCAGAAAGAAGAUAAUUCGCGAUCACGGACUCAUCAACAUGCGCAAAUUCCAAAUCCAGGAGCAUUGCUACCCCAAGGAGGUCCAGGAUCUCUACGAGCUCAUGAGACGAUUUGCCAGAGUCACCGGACCCGUGGAACACGACAAAUUCAUUGAAAGCCACGCACUGGAAUUCGAGCUUCGACGGGAAGUCCGCAGGCUGCAGGAGUACCGCAAGGCCGGCAUCAAGUCUUUUUGCAGUGCCAAAGUGUUCGAGCGCGUGAAGCGGCUGCGCGAGGACGAGCGUCGCAAGAGGACGGCGCUGUGCGACGUGCUGCAGUACAUCAACGACGGGCGGGCCUGCCGCCAGUGGCUCAGCAAGCAGGCCGCCAUAGAUGCGGGCAUCGCACCGGCCGUCGCGACCGUCACGACGUCAGCAACGGGGCGGAGGAGCGCGCCCCCCCUCAACCUGACCGGACUGCCUGGGACGGAAAAACUCAACGAGCGGGAGAAAGAGUUGUGUCAGGUCGUGCGUCUGGUGCCCGGCGCCUAUCUGGAGUACAAGCAGGCCCUGCUGGACGAGUGCCGUCGCCAGGGCGGCCUGCGGCUGGCUCAGGCGCGAGCGCUCAUCAAGAUCGACGUCAACAAGACGCGCAAGAUCUACGACUUCCUGCUCAAGGAAGGAAUCAUCACCAAGGCUUAGCGGCGCCAUGCGGUUUGUGCUCUUACUUUGUCGUGCGCGUUCCUCGCCGCUUCAUACUUGCUUGUUAGCGUUAGCGUGCCGCGGGCGGAUUUCGACUCGGACUCGCUUUCAGGGAUGGGAAGUUUCUGGAAUCUUUUUAACUAAUUGUAAACUUUACAUGGGAAUAAACGGGAAGUUAUGGACAUUCACAAGAUUAAAACAGAAAUUUACAACAUUGAAUAGUUUUAUGUAUAUAGUUAUAUAUAGCUCCUUAUAAUGGUAGAAAUGUUCUGUUAAAUAUUGAGUCAGACGAUAAGGUAGCAGAUGUUUUUCUUUAAUACACACGAUUGCAAACGUCGAUGGAAAUUAUUUGAAUAAAUCAGCCUGGAAUCUCAAAGUUG